GGUCCCUUUUUGCCGCCCCUCAGGUGAGGCCCUGCCCCGAUGCCGCUCCUGGGCAGGCUCGGAUAGCGCGAAAAAGGAUUUUAGGGAGUGUGAAAAUGCAGGAAAAAGAAUAUUAGGAUGGCUCCGAGGAUGUUCUAGGAAGGAAAAAGCAAUGAGUCCAUCCCAGGCCUUGAGUCCAUUCCCAAACCUCGGGAAUGGAACAGUCAUUUAUUUUCAGUUUAAAUUAAUUAAUAAUUAUCUGCCAUUAAAAUCAAAGAUUCCGCCCUAGAGCUCCCCAAGCUGUGAUUUCCCCCGUGUCUGGUUGAUUUGAAAUCGCCUGUUUUCCUUGGAUUUGACUUUUCCCACCGUGGAUAACAAUCACAGCCCGUUUUUGGGGCUGUUUAUCCAAAUUAAAGGAGUUUCUCCUCUUCCUCUGGAUCCCCCUGGAUCGGGAUAGAGGCAAUCCCGGGUUUUCCUGGCUCGGGUUUUUUUGGACUUCCAGAGGUUUUGAGGGAUGCCCAAGAAAUUCCAGGGAGAGAACAGCAAGUCGGCGGCGGCACGCGCCCGCAGGGCUGAGGCCAAGGCGGCGGCGGAGGCGCGGCGGCAGCAGGAGCUGGAGGAUGAGCUCUGGAAGGACGAGGACAAACACGUCCUGAGAAAGGAGCAGAGGAAGGAGGAGCGGGAGAAGCGGCGCCUGGAGCAGCUGGAGCGCCGCAAGGAGCUGCAGCGGCUGCUGGAGGAAGAGGACUCCAAGCUCAAAGGGAAAAGCCCCAAGCAGGGAAAUCCUGGGAAAAUCACCCGGGCCCAGAUCGAGGAGAAUGUCCGCAAGGAGCAGCAGCAGAGGGAAAACGCAGAUGCAGGGGAGAAGGAGAAAUCGCACCUGGAGCUGCCGCUGGAGGAGAACCUGAACCGGCGGCUGCCCGAGGAGGGCUCUGUGGAGGCGCGCAGCAUCGAGGACGCCAUCGCCGCCCUCAGCGUGUCCCAGCCCCUGGAGCGCCACCCUGAGCGCCGCCUUCGCGCCGCCUUCGCCGCCUUCGAGGAGCUGCAGCUGCCGCGCCUGCGGCGGGACAACCCCAACAUGCGGCUGAGCCAGCUGCGCCAGCUGCUCAAGAAGGAGUGGAUGAGGUCCCCCGAGAACCCCCUGAACCAGCGCCACAAACCCUACAACAGCCACCAAUAGCCCUGUGCCUCCCCGGACUGGGAUCCUCACCAGGACCCUUCUACCCCUGCGGGGUUUUGGGGUUUUUUCUCUCUCUCUCCCCCCCGUGGAUUUGGGGCGAGCUCAAGGUUGGACUGAUGCCACCUUCUCCUUCCUGAAAUUCCCUGGGAAAAGCGGCUCUCAAUGGCUCUCAGGUGUCCCUUGGCAUUCCCUCCUUGGAGUUCUGGAGUUGUCACAUGGAAAAUGCUCCUGGGGUGUGAACCUGAAGUGAUUCUAGACCCUGGAUCUCCCCUGGGUAUCCCUGGUCCUGUUUCCUUAGGAAUAUCCCUGAAAUCCCUGCUCCCGUUUCUCUGGAAUUGGGAUAUCCCUGAAAUCCCUGGUCCUGUUUCUUUGGGAUUUGGAUGUCCUUGAAAUCCCUGUUCCCAUUUCCUUUGGAUUGGGAUAUCCCUGAAAUUCCUGCUCCCAUUUCCUUUGGGAUUGGGAUAUCCCUGAAAUCCCUGCUCCCAUUUCCUUUGGGAUUGGGAUAUCCCUGUUCCUGUUUCCUUUGGGAUUGGGGCCAUUUUCUUUGGGAUGGGCCUAUCCCCAAAAUCCCUGGUGCCAUUUCCUUUGGAACUGGGGCAGAAGAGUUGGGAAGAGGGAAAAUCCCUCAGGGAGGAGUGGGAAGAGCCUUUCCUGGGGGGGACAGGCACUCCAGGUGACAUUCCCAGUGUCCUCUGGAAUGCUGGAGCCCGAAAUCCACCCAGAGGAGGGAUUCCCAUCCUUUGGGAAUGGAAUUCCUUCCCAGGAAUUGGUCUGGAGGUGCCAUGUGACUUCCCAAAAUCCCAUGGGAUUCAUCCAGGCUCAUCCUUUUCCCUCUUUUUGGGACUGCCCCCGCUGGGUUGGGCACUGUUCCCACAUCCCAGAAUUCCCAAAUCCAGCCAAGGAGGAGUGACACCCCCCCCCCCUUUUGUGUGAGUUUGGUGUGUUUGAAUUCAAUUAAAAAUUUAAAGAAAAAAAACCAAAAUCUGAUUAAAUUG